GCCCUAAUUCCUCUCGCUCUACAGCAUCCACAAUCGGCGUCACAGAGUCAGAGAGAGAGGUCGAAAAUGGUGACAUACAGGUUUCAUCAGUUCCAGGUGGUGGGGAGGGCGCUGCCCACGGAGACGGAGGAGCACCCUAAGAUAUUCCGCAUGAAGCUUUGGGCCACCAAUGAGGUUCGCGCCAAGUCCAAGUUCUGGUAUUUCUUGAGAAAGCUUAAGAAGGUGAAGAAGAGCAAUGGUCAGGUUCUUGCCAUCAAUGAGAUAUUUGAGAAGAAUCCAACCACAAUCAAGAACUAUGGGAUCUGGCUGCGGUACCAAAGUAGAACCGGCUACCACAACAUGUACAAGGAGUACCGUGAUACGACCUUGAAUGGUGGCGUUGAGCAGAUGUACACUGAGAUGGCUUCUCGUCACAGGGUGCGUAGUCAUUGCAUCCAGAUUAUCAAGACAGCCACUGUCCCGGCAAAGCUUUGCAAGAGGGAGAGCACCAAGCAGUUCCAUGAUUCCAAGAUCAAAUUUCCAUUGGUGUACAAGGUGGUGAGGCCACCAAGCAGGAAGCUCAAAACCACUUACAAAGCAACCAGGCCAAACUUAUUUAUGUAAGCUUUCCUGGGUUGAACAUUGCCCAGGUUAUGCUAUUUUUUCGACCAAGAAUAUCAAUUCGAUAUGAUUUUUGUCAGUUGUAGAAUUAUUAUCAUCUUUAUUUUUGCUGAGUGAAGUUGUUUUUGAUUAGAUUUUGCUAAAA